AUGAUAAUCCAAAUUCUUCAUAUUUAUAUAAAUAAAUUUAUUAGAAAAUUAAAAGACUAAAUGGAAGAAAAACAAUUGACAUUUUCUUAAAGACACGCUUAGAAGUUUAAUGGGGCAUUAAUAGAGAUGAUAUCGAUGGCUUUAUUUGCUUAUGGGAUUGUGUGCUCAGAAGGAAAUGGGGGUAAGAUAGCGUUAGCAUUUUUCGGGUCAUUAGCAUUGUGUGCACCAAUUAGUGGUGGACAUAUAAAUCCAGCAGUGACAUUAGCAAUGUGGUUGACUAGAUAAAUAUCAACUGGUACUUGUCUAUUAUAUUGGAUUGCUUAACUGAUUGGUGCAUUUGGUGGUGGAUUCUUUUGUUAUAUGGUUUUGGGAUAAAUCAAUAGUCCUAUGGUGACUGACUUGAACUUUCAUUGGAUAAUUGCUGACUUAUGUGGUGAAGCUCUUGGAUCCUUCUCUUUUAUUCUGAUGAUAUUAAUUUAAUGCAAUCCUAAAACAACUUUCUCUGAUAAACCAAUUGCUAGUAUUACUCUUAUUACCCUGUCAUUGCAUUUGUCAAGAUGUUUCACUUCCCAUUCUGGAGGUUGUUUGAACCCUGGAAUGGCAGUGGCCUUGGAAUUAUUUUAGGUGUUAAAGACUAAUGAAUUAGAAAGAUUGGAUUCAAUGUGGGUAUUCAUAGCAGGGCCUUUUGCUGGAGCCAUAAUUGCUGUUAUAUUCUUUAAAUUAAUUUAUUAACCAGCAUUUAAUAGAUAUUAUAAGAAUGCAUGA